AUGACCAGAGUAUUGAACGCUGUUACAUUAUUCGGUGCAGGCACACAAGGUUCGCGCCUUGCCUACAUGUGGUCGCGCCUAGGAAGACCAGUCUACCUUGUCGAUAGAACCCCAGCCCAGCUUAAUCUGGCACUGGCUACGGUAGAGAGACUGCGAGCCAGCAACCCACCUAGCGAACCAGGACAAGUGAUCAGUCUCACUACAGAUGAGCUGGACAAAGCACUCCAUAACUCCUGGCUGGCCAUCGAGUGUGUCCCAGAGGACUUAGAUUGCAAGCGGCCCGUGAUGGAGGAGCUCGACAGGAGAUCUGAUCCAGAGACAAUUAUUGCGUCGAAUUCGAGCAGUUACUUCAUCUCGGAGAUCUGCAAAGGACUGAGUCUGAGGACGAACGACCGAUUCGUCAAUCUACAUUCCUUCUGGCCCCCCGAGACACAAGCGAUUGAAAUCAUGGGGUCUAGCCAAACCCGAGCCGAUAUUAUCCCUCUUCUCAUGAAAGAAACCCAAGACCAUGGGUUCCAGCCCUUCCAUGUCCGUAAAUCUUCUACCGGUUACACCUUCAAUCGGUAUCUUGCGAACCAUGUCGUCUGGGACAGUGCCAUUCACACCAAUCAUGAGACCCUUCUACUCUUGGAAGAGGGUAUCGCCACGCCUGAGGUGGACAAUAUCUACAAGGCUAUGGAUAUUGCCGGAUUGGACGAGCAUUACGCGAAGGAUUGGAUUGGAAUCCCCAACGAGCCCCGCAAAGUCCUGCGAGAGAUGAUUGAAAGGGGAGACUUGGGUGUCAAGUCCGGGAACGGUUUCUUCCACUACACCUGA